GCGCGCCCGCCUUCUGAAAAAGUCUCCGCAGCAUGUGAAGGAAACAUGGGGAGGCAGUUAAUUUAGACAUUUAACAAUAUAGUUAUAUAUAUUUAUAUUCACACAAUACUAACGGCGACGUGUGUGAGCGGAAGUGGAAUUAUUGACUUCCGGUUCUUUAAGGGGUCGAGUAGAUAACGUGAGGUUAUACUAGUUUUUCGGUUGUUUUGCUAGCUUUCAGCCGGCUAGCAGCAUGGACAACACGCAGGAAAACACGAUUAAUCUCUUCGGAGACGAGGAAAUUAUUGAAGUCAUCGACCUGAACGAGAUGGAGCCUGAUCCCGAUGAUUUGGCAGACGACUUGGAGGACGUCGACUUCGAAGACUCCAAAGAAGACGAAGCAGGCUGGGAAACCGAGGACGAGAUGGAAGAGGACCAAGACGACAGCGAGUUGACCUUCUCCAAGCACAGGGGCUCGGUGUUCUGCGUGAGUCUGGAUCCUGCCACAAACAGCUUGGCUGUGACGGGCGGGGAGGACGACAAGGCCUUCGUCUGGAGGGUGAGCGACGGAGAAGUCCUGUUGGAGUGCACCGGUCACAAAGACUCUGUGACGUGCGCCGUGUUCAGCCACGACUCCUCCAUGGUGGCGACGGGCGACAUGAGCGGCAUGAUUAAAGUCUGGAAAGUGGAAGCCAAGGAGGAGAUCUGGUCCUUCGAAGUGGGAGAUCUGGAGUGGUUGGAGUGGCAUCCCUGCGCGCCGGUGCUGCUGGCGGGUACAGACGACGGCAACGUGUGGAUGUGGAAGAUCCCUUCAGGAGACUGCAAAACCUUCCAGAGCUCCGCCUGCCAGGCUACCAGCGGCAAAGUCCUCCCCGAUGGUAAACGGGCUGUGGUGGGUUAUGAGGACGGAACGGUACGCGUGUGGGAUUUGAAGCAGGGAAACGCCGCCCACGUCAUUAAAGGUCAGGACGGACACAAGGGGGCGCUCACCUGCCUGGCGUGUAACAAGGACGGCUCUCUGGUGCUGACCGGUUCAGUGGACGGUUUAUCCAAACUCAUCAACACCGUCACGGGCAAGGUGGUUGGCACGUUCUCUUUGGACGGGGGCAAAGCCAAAGGGCCGAAUGCCGAGGCAGAAGCCAACUCCGUCGAAUCUGUGGGAUUCUGCAACAUCCUGCCUCUCGUUGCUGUGGCGUACCUGGACGGGACGCUGGCCAUAUACGACCUCGCCACGCAGGUCCUGAGGCACAGGUGCCAGCACGAGGCCGGCAUCGUUCACCUGCAGUGGGAGGAGUCUUCUUCCGUGGUGUCCACCUGCUGCUUAGACGGAGCGCUGCGCCUCUGGGACGGCCGCUCCGGCAACGUGGUGGCCGAGUACCGCGGCCACACCGCCGAGAUCCUCAACUUCACCAUCAACCGGGAAGCUUCCUUCGCCGUAACCGCUUCAGGAGACAACCAGGCGAAGGUCUUCUGCCUCCAGCGACCCGACCGGUAAAGAGGAAGACGAGCCGAGGGAAACGGAGCCGAGGCGUUUUAACCAUCAGACAUUUUGUUCUCUCUCACUUUGAGAACGUGUUCCCCCUCUCCUCAGGAUUUUUUAAAUCUUUGUGUGUGGUCUCGCCUUCGUAUCUGACCUGCUUUACUGGGAUUAUAGCAUCCGAAACAACAUUUCGCCAGUUUUUAUCAGGAAGAUCAUUUAAUGACUUUUUUUUUUUUUGUCUAGACUGAAGUUUCUAAUCUGAUUGUUUAAAACAAACCGUUCCCUUAUUACUAAGUAUGCUCUUGUUCAAGAAUCUGAGACUCUAAACAGAGCAAAAGAGUCCAAGAGAGAUGCAUUACAGCGGCCGCUGCCUGUGACAGAAGAGGAUUUCCUUUGGUCUUCGUUAUCAGUUGUUUUCAUCAUCGUUUCUCUAAGAACAUUUGUGGUCUCGGAUACAUUGUUCAGGAAUUAUCUCAUGUAAACUCUUAAGUGUAAAUACAACAUAAUAAAUAAUGUUCUUUCUCUGAAAACAGUA